AUGUUAACAUGGACAUGCACCGGUUCGGGAAAAUCCGGAUUGUACGCGAAUUAUCAUCGACAUCAUAACAAUUGUAUUUAUUGUUCGUCUGAACUUGAAGACAAACCACAGAAAGUGGAAGAAAAACACGCUGCUAUUCAACAGUUUCGAACUCUAAAUGAUGAACAACGUCCAUGGUCAGAAUGGAGAUGCAGCGAUGAAUCAUGUAAACAACACACAGGACAUGAUAUCGAACAAGUGCAUCAGUUGUAUUCGAUGUGUGAACAAGCACUUAUAGAUUAUUGCUUGCAUAGAACCAAGGAACAAUCAAAUAAUGCGAACACACCACUUUUAUCUCCUAUGAAUUUACUAGUGGUGACGUUAUGGUACUUAAAGCAUUAUCAUUCUGAACGAUAUAUUAGUAGUGAAUUGAAUUUAAAUCGAUCAACAGUUAACUAUUUCUUGUCAGAGGUCGUGAACAUUUUACAUGCAUGUGUAUAUCCAGAAUUAAUUUCAAUACCUGCUGACAUAGGUAAUAGAAGAACACUACAUGGACCUCAACAACAUCAUAAAUUAAUAGUUGAUUCGACUUGCAUUGCAAUUCCUGAACCAUAUGAAGCAGAGCAGCGUCGAGCAUAUUACCAUGGAAAAAGUCCAACAAAUUAUGCUUUUAAAGUACAAGUAGCUUGCGAUUUUCAUCAUCAAAUAGUGCAUGUAUCCGACUGUUAUCAUGGAAGUGUGCACGAUAUUACAAUUCUAAGAGAGUCAGGUCUGUUAGAACAUGUAAAUGACUCCGUGCAAAUUAUUGGCGACAAAGGAUAUAUUGGUGAAGAAUAUGUGGUGACUCCUAGAAAGAAACCUCAUGGACGUGAAUUAACCAACGAAGAUAAGGAGUUCAAUUAUGAAAUUAAUAGCGCUAGAGCAGCAAUUGAAAAUAUUAAUCAACGUCUUAAAACCUAUGGUAUCCUUGGUGGUGUUUACAGAGGAGAUAUCGAUGAUUUUCACAAGAUGACUAGAAUUACAAAAGUUGUUUCUGCUCUAUGUAAUAUGAACUUAAAUAAACAUCCAGUCCGUAAAUAA